AUGGAUCUGGUCGCAGGUGUUCGCAAGGAAGGCAGCCGCGGCGGCCGCGGCGACUUCAAAUGGUCCGAUGUCAAAGACUCCUCGCAUCGCGAAAACUACCUGGGACAUUCUCUCAUGGCUCCUGUCGGUCGUUGGCAGCAGGGCAAGGAUCUGACAUGGUAUGCUAAAGGCGACGCGGACGAUGAGGAUCAAGCAAGGAGGGACCGCGAGGAGAAACAACGGGUCAAAGAGGCUGAGGAAGAGGCGAUGGCGCGAGCUUUGGGACUGCCUGUUCCCGCUAAGGCGUCGGAGAAUGCCAACUUGACCCCACUCGGUGGCCCGUCCGAAGCUGCGGAUAAAGAGGGGGGUGACGAGGCUGGCAAGGGACUCGGUUACGGUUCAUCUCGAGGGGAUGCUGAGCCGCGCUCCAGUCGGAGACGGAGAGGCGGACAUAGCCGCAGUCCUGACAGAGAGCGGAGGCGGGAUCGAGCAUCGGACAGGGAGAGGAACAGGGACAGAGACCGGGAGCGUAGGCACCGCAGACAUCGUGAUGAGGAUGACCGUCAUCCUCGCAGUCACCGACACAGGUCGCGAUCCAGGUCGCGGGAUCGCGAUCAUAGAAGAAGACGAUCGCGCUCGCGAAGUAAAGAGAGGGCCCGCGACGAUUACAGGAAACGUCGAGACGAUCGUCCUCGCGCAGACCCAAGAGACAGGGAUUUCUCUGACCGUCGCCGCCAUUGA